UAUGAUGGGGAAAUAAUAUAUUUAGCCACAAUCAUCACUAAUUCACCUACCACAACCGCAACAGCAACAGCAAGAAAAACAUUAUGAGUACUGAAAAUCUACAAGAUAAAAAACAUUAUGUUCUUGUUCAUGGUGCUUGUCAUGGAGCUUGGAGUUGGUACAAGGUCAAGACCAUCCUAGAAUCUUCUGGUCACUUGGUCACUGUCAUAGACCUUGCAGCUUCUGGAAUCAACUCGAAGAAAAUUGAAGAUGUUGAUACAGUUUUAGAGUAUUCUGAACCUUUGUUGGAGUUAAUGGCCACAAUUCCUCAUAAUGAAAAGGUGAUUCUUGUGGGUCAUAGCCUUGGAGGAGUUAACAUAGCACUUGCUAUGGAACAAUUUCCAGAAAAGAUUGCUGUUGCUGUUUUCUUAACAGCUUUUGUUCCUGAUAUUCAACAUAAGCCAUCUUAUGUCAUGGAAAAGUAUAUUGAGAGUAUCCCUGCAGAUGAAUGGUUGGACACUGAAUUCUCCCAGAGUGGAAACAAAACAUCAAUGUUCUUUGGUCCCAAAUUCUUGUCCAAUAAGCUCUAUCAAUGCUCUUCCCCACAGGAUCUUGAAUUGGCAAAGAGUUUAGUAAGGCCAGGGUCCCUCUUUAUGGAAGACUUGACUCAACAAAACAACUUAUUCUCCAAACAAGGCUAUGGGUCAGUUCCAAGUGCUUUUAUUGUUUGCAAUGAAGAUGUUGCAAUUCCAUUGAAAUUUCAACUCUGGAUGAUCCAAAAUGGUGGCAUUAAUGAUGUGUUUGAGAUCGAUGGUGCAGAUCAUACGGCUAUGCUUUCUAAGCCACAACAACUAUGUGAUUCUCUCUAUCAGAUAGCUGCUAAAUACGCUUGAAAUCGUACGGCUUAUUUAUUGUUUUUGAAUUUUAUUUGUGUUCGAAUAAAGGAAUAUCACCAUGUUUGAAACUCUGAGAAACUUCAUUGGAGAAGUGGCUUGCAUUGCAACUUCUAUUUAUUUCUCCAUGCAUGUAUGUUAUAUAAAACUUCUUAUGUU